CGCCCCUAUUUUCAGUUCAGGAUCUACUUCUCGGUUGCGGAUGUGUGACGAUGCAACCAGCUGUUAGGAUAUUUUCCCAACUUCUCUGAAGUGUCAAUGAAAAAAAACAAAACACCUGUCAGUUAGAAAUCUCUUUUGAGCGUGUUGUUCGCUGCUCUGUGCUCGGUUAAGCUGUGCUCUCGCUCUUCCGCUCGCCAACUUUAGCAGCUUAGCUCGCCGUAGCUAGCAGCUCAUGGGUCUGGUGAUUUACUUCCAUAUUUAAACAAUUUCACAAUUUAAGUUGAGGGUCCCGUCUUCAUUCGUUUGGAAAAGCCACUACCCUACAUCGUGGUCCUCCACAUGUUCUUAUUUUGAACCGCUGGAUGCCAGCGGAGGAGUCACCCCACCUGUGCCUUCUUGCCUAGCGGGCUUGUGUCUAAAUGGCCACCGCUGCGCCUCCUCAAGCCUCCGGCUCUUCUGCGGCCUCUGACAACCCGAGUCCCGGCUCCAGCAGCUCAGCUGCAGCCGACGGCGGCAACCAGGACAGCACCUUCGAGUGCAACAUAUGUCUGGACACUGCCAAGGACGCUGUGAUCAGCUUGUGUGGACAUCUGUUCUGUUGGCCAUGUUUGCAUCAGUGGUUGGAGACCAAACCGACCAGACAAGUGUGUCCAGUGUGUAAAGCUGGCAUCAGUCGAGACAAAGUUAUCCCCUUGUAUGGGAGGGGAAGCACAGGUCAACAAGACCCCAGAGAAAGAACACCUCCCCGACCACAAGGGCAACGGCCUGAACCAGAAAACCGUGGUGGAUUUCAAGGGUUCGGCUUUGGAGACGGGGGUUUCCAAAUGUCAUUUGGAAUUGGUGCCUUUCCGUUUGGUAUUUUUGCUACAGCUUUCAACAUCAAUGAUGGCAGACCUCCUCCAGCAGCCCCUGGCACGCCACAGCACACAGAUGAACAGUUUCUGUCUCGACUCUUCCUCUUUGUCGCUCUGGGGAUUAUGUUUUGGCUGCUGAUUGCGUGAACGCAUGCAUGGCGACGCCUUAACAUUUGAUGGUAGACAUGAUAAGACACAUCAUCAGCGUUGUGCAAAUGUGAUUCUGAUUUCGUGCAUGAUUUAUUUUGUUUCACCUCACCAUUCAUGGAAGAAUGUAAAGGGGUUUAUUUUUAUUUUUUUUCUUUCUUUACCCAAAACCACAUUUCAUUGGUUUCCACAUGGGAUUUUCCACAAUAGAAUUCUUGAUUUGCCCCAGUUGACAGUUAAUAUUGUAACAAUCACAUGUGCUUUUCCUACUGUAAUCUGUGAAAGUGUCUCUCAGCAACCUCCUGAGAUGUGUGAUGAAAAUCUGCUAACUCUUACGCCAUGACUCUGUUCACUAAUGACCUUUAACAUUAUUUUCGAGUGCUACCUUUACAUACAAUUUACACUUUGUCAUCAGAAUUUUCUGUGUGAAAUUGUCUUUUUAUUUUGGUUCUCUUUUGAUGCAUAUAAGUAUGGGAAAAUAUAAAUUUAUGAAGCAGUAUUUCUUUCUAAAUACCCUCUCUCAGCAUUUUAUUUUUUUUGCCUUGUGUUGCUGUAAUUAAAUGUAAGAUACUGUACUACAGAGAUGAAAUAAAUUUUGAUCCUUUGACAUGAAAUAUUUUUUCCUAAUAUGAAUUCACAUGGUGAAAUCAAAGCUAUGCAAAUGAAGAUGUUGGUAAAGUGUUGAUGGUGUCAGUUUCAAAUCAAACACAAAAAUACUUCAAUGAGAUCUGUUGAAAAGCCGAACGAUUCAUUCACACUCACCCACUUUAUGCUGUACAAAAAAGGAAAAACAAAUAU